AUGCCUCAAACUCUUCCUGUCCAGACCAAGCAAAGAAUUGAUAAUGUUGUACGUACGUGUCAGGAUCUCCUUGCUAAUGAGCAAUAUGAUGCAGCCGACGGAGAUGCGAUUGCCGAUGUCCAAGUGACCGCCUGCUAUGACGGCAGCUUCUGCUAUGGUUCUGGCAACAACGGGUGUUGUUCGCAAGGUCAAGGAGUCUUCAUCGACUAUGCUACUGGUGAGCAGAUAACGAGCCAACCCAGUAACAGUGCUUCUGCCGACGCCAGCCCGACAGCAACGACUCCUCUCCCCAGUACUUCUAGUGUUACAGCUGGCGAUAGCCACGGUCUCUCUACUGCGGCAAAGGCGGGUACUGGAGUUGGUGUUGGCAUCCCAGUAUUGAUCGUGAUCACUGUUGUCUUCCUUUGGUACAGGCGGCGAAAGAGGGACCAUUUGCUGAAUACUGGAUCGUCUGAUGAACAAGGUCACAGCCAAAGUACGAUGGAGAGGUCAAACAAGAAUCAUCACGAAAACAACCUAAUAGAUAUCCUCGACCAACCGAUCGAGCUUCCAAUCGCGCCGGCGCAACCAUCUUGGAAUUUGAUUGAUCGUCGUAAGCCGAUCAACGAAUUGGCAUAG